UCCAUCUCUCCUAUAAUAAUUGAAUGCUUAAAUCCAAAUCCCAUCCAGUUAAGGAAGUAUAAUAAAAUAAAAGAUUUCAGUUUAGGAUUACCAGAUAAUUAUUCUACACAAAACCUUCUUUAAACAGGAUUCCAUCUCACAAUAUAUAUACACCAAACUUAACCCUAACCCAGAAAACACAAACUAAAACUAUAAGCCAAACCUAACCCUAACCCAGAAAACACAAACUUUCAACUAUAUAUAAACUUUUCUUUUUCUUUCCGUUCUCUGCAAUGGCAAGAAGUACUAUUUCUGUUAACCCCAAUGAAGAGAUGAGAAAGAUUUUCGAGAAGUUUGACAAAGACGGUGAUGGAAAGAUUUCUAGUGAUGAGGUUAGAGACAGCCUCAAUGACUUGGAUGUCAAGGUAUCACUGCAAGAGGUUGAAUUGAUGAUGCAACAAUACGAUAAAAACGAUGAUGGGUACAUUGACCUUGAAGAGUUUGCCGACCUCUACAAGCACAUUGGAUUAGAUGGAGGCGGCACAUCACAAGAGACUGACCUUAAAGAUGCUUUUGAUAUGUACGACAUUGACAAGAAUGGGUUGAUUUCUGCGACAGAGCUGCAUUCAGUCUUGAAUAAGAUUGGAGAGAAGUGUAGUGUGAGUGACUGUGUUAGGAUGAUUAGUAAGGUUGAUAUGGAUGGUGAUGGACAUGUUAAUUUUGAGGAGUUUAAGAAGAUGAUGUCUAAUUCAUCUUAAGUUAGAAACUUCUUGUUGUUACUAGAUUAUAAGUCUG